GAUCUACCCCUCUUCCCUCUUUGGUUCUUUGCUUUCUCUCCCUGUCCCGAGCCCACAAACCCAAAAUCUUGAAGCAGCUAAUCGGUUGCGGUGGAAGCCAAAACCACAGCUCCAUCUCGGGACCUGGAGCGUUACAACAGUGUUCCUUCAGAAAUUUUCAUCAUAAAAGAGGUAAAUGUGCAGAUUUUGAGCUACCCAUUUAGAGUAAUGUUCAGAAGGUCAAAAAACCUUGCAUUACAUGUCAGAAAAAACCUGCAAUCUGUUUCUAAACCCCAUUUUUCAGUUUGCUCAUCUAAAUAUUAUUCCAAGAGCAAUCAAUCAGAGUCUGAAAAUGAAUGGGAGAGAUUACUCAAACCAUUUGACCUCGAUGAACUUCGAAAGUCAUUCAAUAAGAUUACUCCUUAUCAGCUUUGUAAAUUACUUGAAUUGCCACUUGAUGUUCCCACAUCUUUAAAGUUGUUUCAUUGGGCUGGUUCCCAGAAAGGCUACUGCCAUACAUUUGAUGUGUAUUAUGUUCUUAUGGAUAAACUUGGGGCAGCUAAGGAAUUUAAGGUCAUAGAUAGCUUAUUGAUGCAAAUGAAAGAAGUAGGGGUUGUUUUUAAAGAAUCCCUUUUCAUUUUGAUCAUGAAAUAUUAUGGAACAGCUGGUUUCCCUGGUCAGGCUACUAGGUUGUUGUUGGAUAUAAAGAGUGUUUAUUCUUGUGAACCAACUGUUAGGUCUUACAAUGUUGUCUUGGAUAUUCUGGUGGCCGGCAAUUGCCAUAAAGUUGCACCGAAUGUUUUCUAUGACAUGUUAAAUAAAGGUAUUUCUCCCAAUGUUUAUACAUUUGGUUUGGUUAUGAAAGCACUUUGUAUUGUUAAUGAAGUGGAUUCUGCUUGCUCGCUGCUUAGGGAUAUGACGAAACAUGGAUGUGUGCCAAAUUCAGUGGUUUACAAUACUUUGAUACAUGCAUUGUCAAAAAGCAACAGGGUUAAUGAGGCACUGAAACUUUUGGAGGAAAUGUUUCUGAUGGGUUGCAGUCCUGAUGUUCAGACUUUUAAUGAUGUUAUCCAUGGCCUCUGCAAGCUCAACCGUAUUCAUGAGGCAGUAAAAGUGGUUGAUCGGAUGCUUCUCCGGGGCUUCAUCCCUGAUGAACUGACUUAUGGGUUCUUAAUGCAAGGGUUAUGCAAAACAGGCCAAGUUGAUGAAGCAAGGGCAUUAUUAGACAAAGUGCCCAGCCCAAACAUUGUUCUCUUCAAUACCUUGAUAAAUGGAUAUGUGGCAAGCGGACGGUUUGAUGAAGCUAAGGCUGUUGUGCAUGAUAUCAUGUUAAGUUUUGGCUGCAGGCCUGAUGUUUUUACAUUUAACAUUCUCAUUCAUGGACUUUGCAAGAAAGGAUGCCUAGGUUCAGCUCUUGAAUUGGUUAAUGAGAUGGAAGGCAAGGGAUCCAAGCCCAAUGUGAUAACGUACUCAAUUUUGAUUGAUGGGUUAUGCAAGGAAGGUCGACUAUUGGAAGCUGGUGAUGUGUUAAAUGAAAUGUCUGCAAAAGAAGUCAGCCUGAAUACUGUGGGAUAUAAUACCCUGAUAAGUGCAUUAUGCAGGGAUGGGAAGAUUCAUGAAGCUCGGGAAAUGCUUGGUGAAAUGUCAAGCAAAGGAUGUAAGCCUGAUAUAUUUACCUUUAAUUCACUAAUAUUUGGUUUAUGCAAGGCCGAUCAAAUGGAAGCGGCUAUGGGACUGUAUCGUGAUAUGUUGGUUGUGGGUGUUAUUGCCAACAAAGUAACAUACAACACGCUAAUUCAUGCUUUUCUGAGGAGUGGUGAGAUCCAAGAAGCACUUAAGCUUGUAAAUGAAAUGCUAUUUAGAGGAUGCCCUCUUGAUGCAAUCACUUACAAUGGUCUGAUAAAGGCACUUUGCAAAGCUGGGGCAAUUGAUAAAGGCUUGGGAUUGUUUGAAGAAAUGAUAAGGAACGGACUGGUUCCAAGUAGCAUUUCUUGUAAUAUAUUAAUCAAUGGCCUUUGUAAGGCCGGGAAGGUACAUAAUGCACUUGAGUUUCUAAGAGAAAUGAUUCAUCGAGGUUUGACGCCAGAUAUAGUAACUUAUAACAGUCUAAUAAAUGGUCUUUGCAAAGCUGGACGCAUAAGGGAGGCUUUGAGUCUGUUUGAGAAAUUAAAAUUUGAAGAGGUGUGGAGAAUGGCUUUGUACCCAAUGAUGUGACUUGGUUUAUUUUGGUCAGCAACUGUGUCAAAGAAGGUCAAAAGGAGAGCUUUUCUUCUCCAUUUAAUAUGUAGAAAGAAAUUUAUGCUGUCGAAAGACGGUGUCUUGUUUUGGCCUCGAGCUUGUUAAAGAAAGAGAAAGAGUUGGCCUUCAAGUUGGUUCAGCCAAUGUCCAGAUUUCUUUCUUCCUUUUUGGAUAAAUGGGCAUAUGCUAUUUCCUGAUGGCUCUUAUGGGUUUUAAGUUGUCACUGCAAUUGGUUACAAAAGGAAUGCUCUGAAAGAUAUCAAGUUGGGAUAUGUUGAAGCCUUGCAGUUUGUUAUGAAGGUAACUUCUAACUAAUCUCUGGUGCACUGAAUUGGGCUCUCCUUAGCUUGAUGUUGUUUUAACUAUUUAAAUUACUUUUGAUGAACCUUCAAAUCUGUUGACUGAGUUGGUCUGUUUUGGGAUAGGGUGACUGCCACAUUUCAGAAAGGUGUGCCUUCAUGGUAUAUUUCAAGCCUUCAAUUGUUUCAUGCUGUCAUUUUGCUUUUUCAAAACCCAUUAGAAUUUGAAGGAUCUUUUAUCUUGCAAAUGUUGAAUACAUUUCAUAAAUUAAAUGAUAUUUUUUUGACUAUUUUAAGAAUAUUCUGAGAUGCAAGCUAGUUGAUUGCAUUGAACUGAUUGAGUCAAAAUUGAAGACCUUGUACCUGAAAUGGCUAUUAGGUGGCAUGUCAGUCAAGUUUACCUUGAAGAAUUGUUUUUAUAAAGCUUUCCUGUAUGGUAAUAUUAUUUGUGCCGGCUUAAAUAGAUAUGUCAUUAAACCUAGAUUUACACCACAGGGAAUCAUUGGUUUGGUUGCAGAAGCGUUGUUGUCUUUUUUAUUUCUUGGUUCGUUGUUUCAUUAAAUGUAGCUCCUGAUCAACUAGUGACCUUGCAAAAUCUUUGUUGAUUUCUAAUCUCAAUGUUGUUCCUAUGUUACUGAAAGUUCCAUCUCCACUUUUAUGAACAGAAAGGGAUCUCGACUGGGAUAUGCCAUUACACGUAUUGCUCUUAAGUUGAUGGCAUACUCAAAGAUGGGGUUUAUGGGAUGUGUAUAAUGACUUUGGAAUGGAAGUAUGUGCGGAAACAUAUUUUGACCAACACGCCUUUACACUAGAAGAGCUAGUGUCUCUUUGCAGUAUGUAUGUUAUAAUGUUUUCUAGUGUCUUAUGCAUUUUCUAAAGUAGAGCUAAUCGCUUGCUGUUUGGUUGACUUGUAUGUUUCUCCUUAUACAAAAGUUUUGAUCACAUCUCAUUGGUAAGUUGCUCCUUUAACUGUCUUUGCACCCUACAUUUAGAUAUUUUGAAAUGCUUGGUUAUCUUUUCGUUUGUACUUUUCAUUUAUGUUGUUUCUUAUUUUUUUACCCUCUCGGUGCUACUAUUCUUAGAAUUAACGUUAUACUUUUCAGAAAAUUUUGCAUGUUAAGAUUCUCUCAUAUGCUAUACCUUUUUCCCUUGGCAGGAUCCGUGUGCCAUUCAGUGCUCUGAGCUUGGAAAUGCUGCUCAAGGCAAUAGUAUCCUGGCUUGGGAAAUUGUUCCAAUGCAAUUUUGGUUUCAUGCUAAAAUUAGGGAAAACUCGAUAUGUUAAGGUAUAGUCAACAGAAGUUCACAAAUCUGUACAUGCAGGUUGAAGUUUCUCGAGGAAAAGGGAAGCCAUUCACAGUUUCCUUGGUUGUGUUUUAGCAUUUUGUUGUCCUUGACUAAGUAUCUUUUUUUUUUUUGUUUUUUUGAAAGAUUCCUUGACUAAAUAUCUAUCAUGUGGAAGGUUCAGCAUUUUGACGAUAAGAUGUUUUUGUGAUCCAUUCCCUGUUGAAAAUAAUGAUAACAGAAGAAGAAAAUAUGUUUGUCCCUUUACGUCGGUAAAGUUGGGUCCAACACCAACAGUGCUGUUAAAAUAAUGGAAAGACUAGUGGAUGCAUUGGCUUCAUUGUUUUUAGCAUUUCAUCUGGUUGGUGGUGCAUAAUGUUUAUUUUCAUUCCCUUGUAGACAUCCUUUUUAAUCCACUCCUUUGCUUUCUCUAUUACAAGUUAGAAACUAGUUCCAUCCAAGUAAUUCUCUACUGCACCAUGAAAAAUAUAACACUGUAAUUUCUCUACUGGUUAAGUUUGACUAGGAUAUAAGGCCCAUCAUUUUUAUGGAUAUCAAUAUUUUUUGGAUAUAACUGUCCAACAGCUGGUUUAAUUCCCAGAAAUACCAAAUCUCCCGGCUUAGUUAGUCUAUGGUAGUGGUCUUAUUACAUGCUUUAGUGCUAAUCUUCCUUUCUCAUUUCAUUUCGAUAUUUUGUAGUUUGAUCCUGCAAAAUUGAGGAAGCUAGAUCGAGCUUUAAGGAAGAUAGGGCAAGCUGUUACUGCUGGCAAUGCCUCAAGCAUUAACUCCUCUCUCAACCCCUUCUCCACCCCACAAAAAAUUAAAAAAAAAGGAAUGAAAAACCAUUAAUCCUAAUUUCUUGCUCUUAAUGAAUUCAGGUACUUGCGGUCACAGGAAAUUGAUUGCUGUUGCAUUCUACUCUUAUAUUGUUUGAAAAUAGAAAUUAUUCAAGGAGCACUUUACAGCAUGAAAAUCUUGUUAGCUAGGCACCGCAUUUUCUAUAACAAUUGAAUGCAUGGCUAUGCUUUGAGUAUGAGGUAUAUCUUCCCACUUGUAGAAAUGAAAUAUAAAUUUUUCCAUGAUAAAGGCUUUGUUGCAUAUUGCCUUAAAGUAUGGUGAUGAAGGGCAUUGCCUAUUAUUUAUAGGUUGGUUUGUUAUCUUCAGCAUUGAUGGUGCUAUUGUGGUAGAAGGCAAUUAAUCUUGGUUUGCAACUAGUUGGUGAAAGAGCAGAGGAUAUGCUGAUGCUGCUUAGGGUACCACUGAAUAAUGUUGUUGGUAU